GGGCGAGAGGCGGGGUUCACCCUGGACUGGUCGCCAGUCAAUCGCAGGGCCAAUACGAGCAACAUCUGUAUAUUGAAACAUACUCGUAGAACUGGGGUUACACCCAGCUGUUACUAUCCUGGAGUUUUUACUUUCGAUUUCGACGAGAAGAGUUUGUGAUCCAAUUUUACGGUUAUUUGUGUUAAAUACUAACGUCUUUAAACGUCGGGUUGCAUCGCCUUGUAUCCAGCAGCUGUCAACUAGCAGUUUAUUCAGGAAAUUUACCUUCAAACAGCUAAUGUUAGUUAGUUAACAUGAAUUUAGCUUCUUAUCGUCGCUGAGCACCGAGAGCUCGUCCGUCGGCGGCUACUUCGGGACAACAUGGUGGGACUGCAGGGGACGACUGUGGAGCUCCUGUUCUGGUGUUUCUGUCACCUCAUUUUCUCUGGAAUAACCGCUGGACUUGAAUAUGCUAAGAAAGAGCGAGUCGUCGUACCUGAAGGCGAUGAUGCUCUUCUACCCUGUUCCCUCAGCACCAAGGAGGACCUGACACUAAAGCUCUUUGACUGGAAGAAAGAUGGUCAGAAGGAGGUGUUCCUGUAUGAAGCAGGCUCUCAUUACAAUAACGGCCGUCAUGGUCAAGACGAGCAGUUCAAAGGUCGUGUCUUCCAUUUUGAAGACAAACUGAAGAACGGUGACGCCUCCAUAAAGAUCAUAAAUACGAAGGUGGCUGACAGUGGAAACUACACCUGUGAUUUUCCACUUCAUCAGCCACGUCAAACGUUCCUCAUUGAGCUUGUUGUUGAUCUAGUGUUAAGAGACAGAUCAGGUGAAAUCUCAGGUGCAGCUGCAAAGCCAUUUGUCACAGUACUUCAUCACACGAAUGACUGGUCACAGCUGCAGUGUAAAGUCCUCAGUGCUCGUCCAGAGCCAACAGUGAAGUGGCAGGACAGUGCAGGAAACAAACUUCCUGCUAAAGAACCACAAGUCACAAAGAGUGGAAACCGUUUCAGUGUGAUCCUCCUCACCACUGUGAGCAAGACCGACGACUAUCACUGUGUGGUCACACAGGAGGAAAUCAGCCAUCAGACUGAGGCGGAGACUCAUGUUUACAUUCAUGGUGCAGCUGCAGAGCCAGAGAGCUGCACCGGAUCGACUGUUGCUGCUGUUUUCGGCACUCUUGCUGUUGCUGUUGUUUUGUUUGUUUUUCUUUUGGUGCUUUUUUGUAGGUGGCACAUCAAACGCCAGAGAGCUCUCAUCCGCCAUCUAAGACAGGAGAGACAUAAUGAAGUCAUGGAAGUGAGAGGUUUUAGAGAUUUGACUGAAGACAGACCUGAACACAGACCUGAAGCUGAAGAUGCAGAAUCAGAUUCUGAUUCUGAUAAUGACUCCGUAGUCAUGGAAGAGAGAGGAGCUUUGACUGAAGACUCUUCACACAGACUUGAAGCAGAAGAUGUAUUGUGAUCAUAUUCUUUAUGUGCUUUUUUAAUGACAGUUUCCAUUGUGUUUUAUUUAUAUUGCAUUGCAGUGGGCUGUCCCACAUGUCAAACAGCUAAUCAGAUGCUGUAAAUACAGGAGAGAUGUUACCACAGCACAGGCUCUGAGCGCCUCAGAAAAAGUUCUGUAAUGUCCUGAACUGAUCAGAUGACCUGCAGCAGGUUACUGAACGACUCAACUGAAUGACUUGUGAGCAGCUCAAGUCUUUUUAAUAAAACUUAUAGAAGGGUGUUUAUUGAACACUCUUUGAAUGUGUUUGAAUUUACUGAGUAUAUUGAACACUCAUAUCUUGCGCCCUCUUAGUGAGCCAGAUUUCACCAGCCAGUGAAAUUUAUGUUGUGCCUUGAAUUGUAUCAUUGAACGUUUGUAAUAAAGAUUAUUUUCAUUUUA